AUGGUUCGGGACGGUAUCGUGAAGGAAAAUCAAUUCUUAAUUUUUGUCACCGAGAAGACGAGUGAUGGAGCGUCAAAGACCUCUGAAGCUGAGGCGGUUCUCGACUACAUGCGUUCUGCGGAGUUCACGCAUACAGGGGCUCCAGACUUGUCCCGUGCCAUGACUGAAUCAGAGUAUCUCACUCGUAAGAUAAUCAUGAAUAUGAGAAGUGCUGCGAAAGAGGAAGCCGGCAGCAGCAGCAGCAGCCCCAAGGCUCUCGAGUUUGCAUUUAGAGACGUCCUCACGGUUGUGUCCGCCUUGCGGCAAGUUGACCAUGGACAGCUGGCGACGUGGAUCGUAAAAGGUUUGGACGAGAAGAAGGAGCAGCAGCUCGGUGAUGGCGUUCCCGAGGACCUGGCCUGUACACUUCGAGAUUGGGCUCAAUUUGCGAAGGAUGACAAGAAGGGAAAAGGUCGACCCCGCGGGUACGGUGGAUUCAUCCAUGAUGGCCGUCAAAUCGGUUGGGGCGUUAUGAUGUCAGAGGUGGUGAACAUGGUGAAAACCCACCAGUCUCGACUCGAGGUCAUCUGCGGCGCUCGAGUAAGGAAGAUCGAUGGCCCUCACGGUGUCAAUGAUUGGACCUCUGUUGUGUGGUUUACCCUACCCGGUCUUGGUUCCAACGUGAGGUUUGUUCUGUGUAAGAAUGUCAUCAUUUGUUUACCUCUACCGAUCGUUCAAAGGGCUGAUCCAGUGUCUGUCCUUCCCUCACCAAUGGGUGCUACUGCCCUUCAAAUAUCGGGAAUUCCCGAGGAGGAGCUCACUCGUCUGAGGGCAUCGUUGUCGAAACUCUGGGCCGGCUUCGACGAACGUCUUAUCUACACCUUCAAGAUCGCACCAUGGGACCAAGGAGAGCCGACUCCGUUUCCUGAGGAGUGGAAGUCACCAGAGUGUCAAGGCUGGGACGACCUUGAAGUCCUCAAGAUUGCGAGUAUGAGUUGCUUACGGUUCGUCAAUAUUACGAAGUAUUAUCCGCGAGCAUAUCAGUUCAAGGCAGUAUUGGUCGCAUGUAUCUCCUCGGCAACGUCUCGAAGUCCCCAAGGCUGGCAUGCAUUCGUUAAAGUGGCACUGACAAGUCUAUUCAAAGGCUGCACUACUGUCCCGGAGCCUCUGGCCAAGCAUUUGAUCACCGACAAUCUCAUUCAAACUGCCUUCUGCAAGAUACUACCCGGUUUUUCAGAAGAUCAGCAUAGUCUGGAUAGGCCUUUGGGAACAUUCAAGGGAGCUCUCAGACUUGCUGGUCAUUGCAGUCACGGCCACAUCAAGAGAGCUCUGGCUACGUGGCGAUGA